AUGAGUUCAUCCCCUGCUAUAGAGGCGACCACCCCCACCGCUACCCCAUCGUCCCCCGCGUUGAGAGCUCCAGACUACCACUUUCACACAUCUACGCCCAACUAUUUGAAGAAGCAGCAACAACCGCUAAGCGUCGUGCUCUCAGCCACAGCGCCAUCCACACCGCCCACAUACGGAGAGCCAACUCUUACUCCUCCGCCCAGGUCUCCGGGUGUUCCCCUUUCUGCACCGGCUUCAGGGGAGAGAGCUCAUCCCCCUGACGGGACUUCUUCGGAUAAAUCGUCAGAAACAGCGGUGGGGGGUGUAUCGAGGACACCUAGCACGGCACUAUCCCGCAAAGAGAGCUACAAAGCCCAAAGGCAGAAUUAUAGAAAAGAAAAAAAGAGAGCUGCCUCAGCGCUACUCCACUCGAUAGAAGAUCCCUCGGUUGUUGUUUUGGCAGAUUGGCUUAAGGUUCGAGGUUCGCUCAAGUCAUGGACGAAAUUAUGGUGUGUUUUGAAGCCGGGUCUGUUGCUUCUGUAUAAAAGCCCUAAAGCCAAGCGGUCCCACUGGGUGGGCACGGUGCUGCUGACGUCGUGCCAGGUCAUCGAGCGGCCCAGCAAGAAGGACGGCUUCUGCUUCAAGCUGUACCACCCGCUCGAGCAGAGCAUCUGGGCGCCGCGCGGACCACACAAUGAGACCAUCGGCGCAGUGGUGCAGCCGCUGCCCACCGCGCACCUGAUCUUCCGCGCGCCGUCGCAGGCCGCCGGCCACUGCUGGCUCGACGGCCUCGAGCUCGCGCUGCGCUGCAGCAAUGCUAUGCUCAGAUGUUCCCGAACUCGGCCAGAGCAAGCUGUAGAGGACGCGCCGGCCUCUCAGCCCAAUAUUUCUCACGAGGAGUUGGAAAAGCACUUCAACGAGCAUGUUCUCAAAUUGGCUGAGACCACUUGUAGCUCACCAUCCCCCCUUUUUUCUAUCUCCGAUUACUCCCCCCAGAGCUUGCGUGUAGUUCCAAAAUAUUUAAAAAACGACGAAAAAAUAUCGAAAAGUCUAACAUCGAGUCCUUUCAAAAUCGAUUCGAAAUUACCGAUUCUGAGAUGUUUCGAAUUACCCAAAUUGUCACUCGGUGAAAAACGUGUUGGGAGAGAAAAAUCGCCAAGUCUCUUCGAGGAGAAUAUCGCUAGGUUUAUACCAAAAAGGCGUAGCUCUACGCCGUCUGUGUCUAAAUCUAGUGCUGCGAGGAAAGCUAUAGGUCAUUUGAGAGAGUCUGGGGUCAAGACAGAUUCCGAAAAUGAUGAAGCGAUAAAGAGAGAGAAAAGAUCGGAAGUACUGUUCAGUUCGCCGGAGAAUUUCCUUAUAACUAAAACAGCGCCAUCUGUCGAGAGGUUUGGUCAGUCUGUUGAUGUUUCUUCGUCUAGUGACGAUGUUGUUUGUAGCUCUCUGCGAUACAAAAAAAAAUUCUCACUUAUUAAUUACGAUAACUUACCCUCUGCCAAUCUUGAGGCUCUUCAAACGGAGAAGAAAGAUGAAAGAUACACUACACAGAAUGUGUAUAUUGCAGGAAAAAUUGUUAGAAGCGAAUUAGCAGGAGCAGCUUCAGACACAGACAGCGAGGGUUCAAGGCCGGGGAUGACGGAGACUACAAACAGGGAUGACCCUGGAAUAAGGAAACAGGAUAUCAUCGCGAGGAUAGAGAGCUCGUAUGUUGAAGAUCCGGAUAGGGAGAUUGGGGUGGCAGGAGAAUUAGUAGAAGAGGUGGCAGAAGAGAACAAAUCUCUGCUAUGGUUCCUCUUGAAGCAGGUCCGACCUGGCAUGGACCUGUCCAAAGUGGUCUUACCGACUUUCAUAUUAGAGCCUCGGUCGUUUUUAGACAAAUUGUCUGAUAAUUAUUAUCAUGCGGAUUUGUUGGCGCAGGCGCAAACAAUGGAAGACCCUUAUCAAAGGUUCAAAGGGGUGCUCAAGUGGUAUCUCUCAGGGUUGUACCGUAAGCCCAAGGGGUUGAAGAAACCCUACAACCCUGUCCUAGGAGAAACCUUCAGAUGUUGCUGGCGACAUCGAAACAAUGAAUCCUAUACGUAUUAUAUUGCUGAACAAGUAUCCCACCACCCCCCUGUAUCGGCCUUCUAUAUUUCAAAUAGGAAAGAAGGGUUCGUCAUAGAGGGUAGUUUGCUGGCUAGGUCUAAGUUUUAUGGUAACUCCACUUCGGCCAUAUUAGAAGGUUGUGCUCGCAUUCAUCUCCUUAACUGGGGAGAGACGUACAUAACAACUGCUCCAUAUGCACAUUGCAAGGGAAUCGUCAUAGGAACACUCAGUAUGGAGUUGGGUGGAAAGGUACAUGUGAUAUGUCAAGAGACUGGAUACCAAGCGGAUGUAGAAUUUAAGUUAAGAUCUUUUCUAGGCGGAGCAGAUCAAACGAACGCCAUAUCAGGUCGGAUAAAGCGAGGGAAGGACACCGUCGCCACCAUAGAAGGUUAUUGGGAUGGGAAAAUUGACAUAAAAGAUAAGAAGACAGGUGAAGAAACAAACCUUCUAGAAGUUUCCAUCCUCAAAGAACAAAGGCUGCCCAGGUUUCUGAUGAAGAUCGAUCGUCAGCAAGAAUGGGAAUCGCAGAGGCUGUGGAUCAAAGUGUCUGAGGCCAUACAAAAUGAGGAUCAGAUAGUGGCCACAGAACAAAAGACAAUAAUAGAGGAGGCGCAGAGGGCGCGCGCCCGCGGCCUCGUGGCGCCGUGGCUGCCGCGGCUAUUCCACAAGGACACCAGUUCAAUGCCGCCUGAAGGUAUAAUCGAUCAAGGCUGGAAAUACAAUCACGCAAACACAAGUCCAUGGCAGCCCGAAGAGUUGAUUGAAUACGAGGAUGAAUUUACAAUAACAACGCUUAAAAAUCUGCCAACGAGGACUUCAGGGGAAGCCAGGAUAAGGGAGCUAGUGCAGAGGUCUGACUCGGACAGUCACGAUGAUUUAGCAAGACGGUCUAAAACUAGCACACGAACUCUAAAACAAACUCUGCACUCAAUAGACUCGACUUUACGCGAACAAAAUUUAGCUAUAGAGAGACUAACAAAAAACGUGGAGUCGCUAAAUGAAAGUCAUAGAAAUUUAAUUCGACCCCAAAACGUGGGUCGAGUGCCAACGUCUCAUUCGUGGGAUUUGUUUGGUGGUUUCGUCCUAGCUAUGGUGUUGCAAGCUCUAUUAAACUGGAUUUUCUACCAUAAAGAC